AUGGACAACGCUACAUACAGCUAUUCGUCUGACUGCACUCCACUCACAAACUGUAAGUCCUCACGCAAGCCGCCCGGCUCCACUGUGGUGAAUAUGGGCCCUGUGACGAAAAAACCUCUCAACGACUACCUGGUCUGGUCCCUCUGCAACACCUUGUACGUCAAUUUCUGCUGCCUCGGCUUCAUGGCCCUCAUUUACUCCAUCAAGGCACGAGACCAGAAGACCCUGGGAGACAUGCGUGCUGCUCAGGAGUGCUCGGACAAGGCGAAGUGGUACAACAUCCUGGCAUCCGGCUGGAACCUGCUGGUGCCGCUGCUGUUCCUCGGGCUUCUCGGACUGCUUCUCGUCCACCUGGGUAGCAUGCAGGGAAGCUUCGACUUCUUUGGAGAAGACGGCUUCCAGAAUUUCAUGAAGCUCUUCGGCAGGUAG